AACUGAAGAGAAGCCAGUUUUCAAAGUGUUGUGAUAAGAAAGAGGUACCUAAGGCAAGGUAAAAAUAGACUACAGCGUAGCUCACUGUCUAAACACUGUGAUGCCCUGUAGCCUGAGAGCAUUCGUGUCAGACAGACAACCCGUUUUGUUCAAGACGGCUGGAAUAUGAACGGUUGUCAAACUGAACUGAUAUGUCUGGUGCUGUUGUCUCUGGCCUUGUUGAUCUCUUUGUGUCUCAAUGUCAUCUUCUGCAUUAAACGAAGAUCCAUUUUGUGCAAAGACACAAAAGAGUGCUGCCACCCAGACAAUCAUGACGGAGAAAGAAAUAACCUCAGAAAUUGUUCCUCCAUAUCUUGUCGAAGGCCGCCACAGGAUGAAGGGCAAUAUUUUCAUAACCUCAAUCAUCAUGAGCAGCAGGAAAAUCCCCACAAUCAUCAUGAGCAACAGGAAAAUCCAAUCUACGGCAACAUCAGCACAGACAGAAGAGGUUCUGUAGAGGUUUGUUACGAGAUGAUGACCUUGCAACACACAAGAGAUCGUAUGAAGUCUUUAGAGCCUGACCUGAAUUAUGCCUCACUGGAUCUGAAGGUGGCAAAUAAAUACAAGAAGAACCAUCGCCAUCAGCAAGGCCACACUCAGGGACGAAACAAACCGCAAGAUCAGAUGCCAGUCCACCACACCCCCUCUGUGAAUGCUUUCUUGGAGGUGGAAGCAGACAUGGACGCUCACCUUCCUCCCAGAGACACAAGCACCAUGGUUUCACACAGUAGCAUCUACCUGAACAGUCAACAGAUAGCCGAAGAGACAGAGGAGAUGGAAAGAGAAUGGGGCAUAGACAUGGAGAGGGUGACUGCGGGUUGGGAAGGAAUAAGAAGGCGGGAGGAUGGUGGAAGUAGAGAAUGGAAAGGAGAGCAAGAGAGUGAGGAAAGAAAAGGACGACAAGAUUUUAGUAAUGGGAGUGUAUGUACACAGCUUUCAGAGAUAGAUGCUAUUCAGAGUGGCACGGAUCAUUUCAUCAACAGCUUUAGCCAUGAUAGUGUCCCACAAGCUUAGACAGAUUUCAUAUUAUUUCCUUGUUUCAAACUGUUCAGAACUGAAUAAGCCACCUGAAAAAAAGCCAAUAAAAUAAAACAAUGUAAUAUUCAACGAGCUUUGCGCAGUUGAGCAAUUUCCUCUGAUGCAAACAAACUACCUCUUGAACUCUCCACACCAUUGAGCAACCAAGGAACAGAAGUGUACCUUUCUGUGCAGAGGAUGUAAUCAACGUAGAGGAUAUACAGAGAAAAGGAAACUCUGUGUGUGACAUUUAGAGGUCAAGGGCCACAUGGAAAUUUUCAAUAUCUUAAGGAAAACAUCAAAUCAUCACAGGACACAGAAGAACUUUCACUGUUUUGAUGUGUAUAAUCAGACAUCAGCAGAUGUCUCACAGAAAGGUGUGAAGGGGAAAAAAAUCUUUACAUUUGUUUUCCAUGAUGUAGGCGAUGGCCAAGCUUCGAGGUGCGAUACCUUCUUUUUCAAAUGUACUUGCCAAAGCACAGGUGAAUCUGCUUUUCAGUCAUGUUAUAAUUGGAGAUAAAAUUAACAUGAACAUGAAAAUUAAAGGCAAGAAAGUGAAAAGGGGAAUGCUAUUAGUGGGAUAUCAGUAACAUUUAAUUUUCCAUGUGGGCAUACAUGUGAAUGUCACCCACAGAGGAUUUUCCCCAUCAAAGUUAUGAUAAUGGUCAAUAACUUUAGAAUUUAGAAUUUAUUGAGCUAACGCGCUAUCUGCUUAAAUUAUUAUUUCCCUCUCUGUACUCCCCUCUCGGGAAAGAUAAUUUAAUGCAGAGGGAAGUGAGCUCUGAAGUGAACUCAGCAAUGAGAGGCCUGCAGCGCAGUAUUUGUUGACAGGUUUUCAAUAGCUGACCAUGGCCUACUUCCUCUCUAUGGAUUUAUUUUUGGUUUCAGGCGUUUUAGAGCUAACUGUUGCAGACAGGGUAGCAACAUAAAAAGACAAAUAACAAUGCACUUUCAGGCCCUGAAAAAAAGAUGGAAAUAUUUUCUUCUUCUUUUUCAUAAAAGAAGACUAUUAUUUUCUUCUUUAUGAUAAUUAUCUCGUAAAGAUGUGGUUGUCUAUUGUGUUUAAUUGUGCAGAAUGGCUUGAUUGUUUUUAAGGACUCCAUAAGACUUUGCUUAAUUGCAGUGCUGGAAUGUAACUAAGCACAUUUACUGUAUUCUACGUUACUUGAGUCUUUCCCUUCUUUGCCACUCUCCACCUCUACUCCACUUAAUCUCAGGGUAAUCUUGUAGCCUACAUUUUACUUUACUACAAUUAUCUGGAAGCUUUAGUCAAUAGCAACUUCACAAAUAAGAUUUAAAAAAAAUUUACACAAAAAUCAUUUGUUAUAAAUUUAACAACCCAACAGUUUAUACAGGUACAGCUGAAACAAUUAGUGUGGUGAAUCGAUUAGUUGACAGAAAAUUUAUUGGCAACUACUUUUAUAAACAAUUUAGUCAUUUGUCAGGUAAAAACAUUUCAUGGUUCCAGCUUAAAAAAUCUGAGGAUUUUCUGUGUUUCCUUUUAAUUAUUUAAAUAAUUUUAAUUUAUUUUUAAUGAUUUUGAGGCUUGGAUUGUUGGUUGGACAAAACGGGGCGGCUGUGGCUCAGGAGGUAUAGUGGGUUGCCCGUUUAUUGGAAAACUAGCGGUUCAAUCCUCGGCUAUAUGUCAAACUGUCCUACUGAACCCCGAAUUUGCCCCAAUGGCUGUUCCAUCUGUGUAUGAAUUUGUGUGAAUGGGUAAAUGCGAUGUAGUGUAAAAAGCGCUGUGAGUGGUUGGAAGACUAGAAAGGCGCUUUACAAAUACAGAUUAUUACAAAACAAACAUUGUGAAGGUGUCACUUUGUGCUCUGGGUAAUUGUGAUGGCAUUUUAGAAUUUGGCAAACAAAAUUAAAGGAGCAAAUAAAUAGCACUGACAAGA